UAGGGUUUGUUCUUUCCAUCGAUGGAUCUCUAGCUCGCGAGGCGUGGGAGCGCUCUCAGGUAUUGGCCACAUUGGCACAGACUGGAUGAAAUGCUAUCUCGAUGGAGAGCUCGCCGGAAGCUCCCGUGAGCGUAUCGGUGGAGCCGUCGGAGGUGCCUGUCGAGAUUUCGGUUACGGAGGGAGCUGCUGCGGCGACUCAGCAGCGGUCGAAAUUCUACCAGAGGAGCGCCAGUUUCUUCUCGAGAACAGCCGCCGCUACUCCAGGUGACGGAUCUACAGAGGCGCCGUCCAAGCUCUCAGUGGCUGGGAUUUCGACGUGGGCCAAGAGCUUGAAGCUCCCAAUCUCUCCGAAAGAUGCCAAAGAGAAUUCAAAUGCGAGCUCGCCCAAGGACUCCAAGUCGCCUUUCAGCAUUCUCUCCAGUGGAUUUGGGAAGAGAGUCCCGGCCAAGAUCCCAGUGGUGGACGACGAAUUGCCCACCACAACAGCCCCGGCUCAAGCUCAAGACGGGGCAUUUGGUACUUUCACGAAGGGAUUUCUCGACUCGUCCAGGAAUGCAGUCAAGGUGGUCCAAACAAGAGCUAGGCAUUUGGUCUCGCAGAACAAACGACGCUAUCAGGAAGGUGGCUUCGACUUGGACAUGACGUAUAUCACUGAUAGCAUUAUCGCCAUGGGCUUUCCUGCCGGCGACAUGAGCUCUGGUAUCCUUGGCUACGUUGAGGGAUUUUACAGAAACCAUAUGGAGGAAGUUAUAAGGUUUUUCGAAACGCAACAUAAGGGGAAGUACAAAGUGUACAACCUUUGCUCUGAAAGGCUUUACGAUGUUUCUUUGCUGGAAGGCAAGGUUGCAUCGUUUCCAUUCGACGAUCACAAUUGUCCCCCACUGCAAUUGGUCUUGGCCUUCUGUCGAAGUGCAUAUGGUUGGCUUAAAGAGAACCUCGACAACGUCGUAGUGGUUCAUUGCAAAGCGGGGAAAGCGCGCACCGGGUUGAUGAUAUCGUGUCUUCUUCUGUAUCUUAAGUUUUUUCCGACUGCCGAAGAAUGCAUCGCAAACUAUAACGAGAGGCGGUGCAUCGAUAGCAAGGGUCUUAUUCUACCGAGUCAAAUUCGUUAUGUCAAGUAUUUUGAACGCGUUCUAAAGGAAUUCAACGGAGAAACACCAGCCGGGCGAAAGUGCAUUCUUAGGGGGAUCAGGCUUCAUAGGUGCCCUUAUUGGAUCAGACCAGCCAUCACAGUAUCCGAUCACAAUGGCAUAUUGUUCUCAACAAAAAAACAUCCGAGGACGAAAGACAUGAUGCCUGAAGAUUUCUGGUUCAGUGCACCCAGGAGAGGGAUAAUGGUGUUCGCUUUGCCCGGAGAGAGGUGUGUCGCGGAUCUUGAUGGCGAUUUCAAAAUCCUUUUUCAGGACCGCCACGGAGACUUUUACUGCUGGCUAAACACAACCAUGAUGGAGACAAGACAAAUUCUCAACGUGUCAGAUCUCGAUGGGUUCGACAAGAGGAGGCUUCCUUCUCCAGGCUUUCAAGUAGAAGUGGUAAUUCUGGAUCCAAACGCGAGUGUCCCUCCUGUACCUCCUCGCGAAAGCCCACCGCUGCCACAGGCUCCCCAGCGAUCACCCGACACAGAAUCCCGCGAGAACGACGACGUAUUCAGUGAUAGUGAAGAUGGCGAUUCUCACAGAAAGGAGAACCAGGGUGUUCGCGUCGAGACUACAGCUCCAAAGCAUCCGGAACCGGAGUUAAGCUGUGGAGCAGCAGCAGCAGCAGUAGUGAGCAGCGAGAAUCGUCCAAAGUCAUCCGAUUCGUCUCCGGCGGCGGAAGAAGCUCCCAAAGCUCGAUCAGACAAGGACGAAUCCAGUGACUACGUCCAUGUCAAGGAAGAUCAUCCCAGCAAGAAGGAGAAGGCUGAGGAUGAAUCGAAUGACUUCCGGGCGAUCGCGGCGGACGCCUCCGUGUUUACGUUUGGAGACGAAGAUGACUACGCCAGCGAGUAGCUGAGCCAACGGGACGGUUGCGGAUUAACCGUGUACAUAAACAAAAUGGAUAAAGUUGGAUGUGAUGCGGCGAAUAUGCCCUAUUUGGAAUA